CUCGAGCGAGUUGCUCCUUAGUGGGUGAGUGUGUUGUUCUCGCGUUUUCUGUAAUUAAUAAGUGUGCAUGUAAGUUUGUUUUGGAUGAUCAGCGUUACAUUAAUCACACAAGGCAAUCUCUUCUAUCCUUGAUACCCUACGACUUUAUCUUUCUAGUACUUUUCGACGGUAAGCAAUCUGGAAAACGGGACUUAACAAUUGGUUAGGACGCUGGACUUGUAAAUAUGGUUCCUCCUGCUACUCUCUGGAUUUGUUCUCGGUCGCUCCCAGUUUAAAACCUCGCGCUGUAUAAAUAGCCAGCUGGUCUGCCUCUUGUUAGUUGGGAUUUUCUAGCACUUUACCUUUAUUUGAAACAUAAAUUGUUCAUCAUUUAUUUAAAGAGACAUGCUUUCUUAGAUCUUCUGAAGCAAAACUUAACACUUCAACUUAGAAGCGUAACGGUCUGCUAAACAAACAUUUGCCGCAUAAAGCGUGAUUGGUUGGCUGAUUCCUUUACAUCUUUACAUGUCAACCGGUUACAACUGCUUCCUCUUCACAGUGCAUGUCACCACUGACUGCCUUUCGCAAUGAAACUUCAUGUACUUCGAUAGCCGAAAGAUAACAUUUUUAUAACAGUCUAAUAACAGCCAUUCUUUUACAACGUUUGCUUCAUAUCAAUUUAAUGACAAUUACCACACGUCCAUUAUUUUUGGUAAAAAUUCACCGUUCUUUGAUUAAUGCCUCAUGUGCAUUCUUUGAAAAAUCUACAAUAUCUGUAACGAGUACGACCUAAGACUUUCAAGCACAAAUAUGAUUUUUUGUAAUCAAAGGCGCCUGCAGUAAAGAAGUAGUUGUCGAGACCACUGCGUUAGUUUUCACCUCUGAUCUCCUUUGAAGCCGUCAUAUGGUGUCACGCAGCACUCCCUCAUGAGAGUUCUCUUGGGCGAGUAUUGCAUGACAUCCGAGAGUGUUUGGGGUGAGAAUAUUUUCAAGUCUUCAUGAUGUAUUCAAACGUUUGAUCCUCUUACUCAACAGAGUCUGUGAAUAAUGGCUACAAACGUUCAUUAUCAAGCUGGGAUCUUCCUCUUUUGCUGCGUGAUGCUGUCCGCUGGCUUACAAGUGGAAGUAAAAAGGUUGAAAUAUUGCGGUAAAACAUUUCUCCCUUACUUAAUGAAUUAUUAGCUAAUUUUUGACGGUAUUCCUAUUUUGUCUUGUGUAAAAUAUUAUCAAUUGAUAGGGCAUAAUUUAGGGUGUCAACUUUUUUUGUCCCUUUGAAGUCCAGGAUAAGUCCAGAAAGAAACUGGGUGCUGUUUGAAGACUAUAGGGGCCAGGGGAUGGUUGUCUUUAUGGGCGUAGAGCUGUAGAUAGCCCAGCAUGGCGUGCAUUGAAUGCCAUCGUUGUAUUCCAGGUCCUCCGGAUAAAACCUUAAAGUACAAGGUUUCUCCAUGGCCCGUGAUAACAGCUGCUGAUUCCGUCAAAGUCACGGCUACGUUCACCCCUGGUAAGUCGUUGUGUUACUUUUUAAAAGAGCUCACUUAAUCAACGCGAGUUGGAGAAUAGUUGUCAGACAUUCCAGUUUGGCGGUAAAAACGUUUCAAUGUCGGUGGUCAAACCUAACUUCAAAUAUUUUAGUGGAGAGAAGGCAAUAAGAACGGAGUCGUUUUAUUGUAUUGUGACUGGACAUGAGAGGAUAAAAUUCUCUUUGGCUAGACCAAGGAAGUAGUCAAGAUAAUCGAUACUCUCCUUUAUAGCGUGAUCCCAUCGCUUUCUAAUCUUCUCAGUUUUAGGUUUGUCUUAAACACGAACAAUUUCAAAGAGUUUCUCAUAAAAUCUUUUCUAUAUUUCUCCUUACAGCGAGAGACAUUUUCUCUUUGUCUUUCUUUGUCAACAUCACGAAAGAUGGAAAAACUAUCAUCGAGCGGAAUAAGGAGUUGAAUUGCAAUUACGUGCCAUACCACUGCUAUUUCUCAGCAGACGGUGAGUAUUCAUCAGGAAUACUUAAUCAAGAUACAAUUUCCUUGAAUUCAUUGAAGGAGUAGUUUACACCUAUUCUGCAUAAAAUAUUUCCUGAUAUUUUUCGUCGCACGAUUCAGGAGAAAAAUAUUCUUUUAUUCUCCGAGACACUCAGUUACUCCCUCGAGGUUUUCAGCUUUGGUAAACAGCAGAACUUAUUACAGAGAAGUUCUUCAUAUUAUGUAUUUUGUAUUACAGUUGUUAUAAGUACGAAACUUAUCAAAUGUUAAAUCUCACAAAGAUAAGCAAAGAUGAAGAAAAUAAAACUUGUAUCCAUUAUAAACAAGAGAAAGUGUCUGGCGAAAUUACUCUUUUUAUCUGCACUUUUAGUUGGUUACUUUUCUUAUGUAUUUUACUAGCCAAAACGAAGGAAUGCGUUUUUGCGCGACAUAACUGUCUCACCUCUCAUUUCCUCCAAGAGACCUACACCUUGACCAGAACACUACGCCUUAACGUAACCAAGGUUCCCUCCACCUUUAAGGUAUAGUACUUAAUAGUUUUUUUCCAUACAUAUUAGCUCCAGAGAAGAGAAACAUUCUAUUUGCUAAACGUUUUUAACACAUACUGUACUGGCAUCUCGAUGGCUAACCCAUGAUGCGCUUAUCGUGAAAUUAUUGGAGUCUAAACCAUGCAUCCACCACAUCUUCUCUUGUUCUGCUGUUUGUUUGUUUUUAUAAUUUGAUAUAUCGACAAUCAAUUCAUUGCCUUUUUUCGAAAAUAGGGGAAACUUGGAGGCACAUUCAUGCUGUUCAAUCAGGAGCAGUUCUGCGUUUUCUGCGCCCAGGCGGUAGUGGUCGUGUCAUGAGCUAAUCACUGCUGACUCAAUGGACCAAGGCAUCCACUAGUUAUUGAACUUGAGGCUGAACUUAACUUCUUUUCAAUAUCGACAUUUAGUUUUAAUUUCGUGUGGAUAUAUUUAGAAGAGAUACAAUAGUAACUCCAAGUUUAAGACGCGACGCAUCUGUUGUUGUAAACGUAGUUCUAGAAACUUUGUCGUUCAACUGUUCUUUGUUUUUGUUUUCUUUUUAAUCCUUCUGUUGCUUUUUGUCGAACGCGUUUUUAAGGAAUCGAUUUGAUUGGUUCUACAGCAGUGUACUUAUUUUGUUUACAUUUUCUGGAAAAAAGGAAUUUUCAGUGAGGCCUCUUUUCUUAUCAUUUUGUCUACGCGUUAUGACUCUCUUAGGCCACUGCAUUUAUGCGUGUUUUUUAUUAUUUUUUUUAAAGUUGAACCUAUUUUUCAAAUUUUUUUAGUAGUUAUGCGUGGAAAACUAAGGCCCAUCCGUGAUAUCCCUUAAGUAUGUUGGUGAAGCGGAAGGUUUUAUAGCCUGUGGCUUGCGUUUUCAAGGGGCAUCUGUCAGUCCUACACGUAUACAAAUAGAAAUUGAUGUGUAACUUUUGUAUUUUGCUGAAAUAAAGUGUUUGCGUAAAUAGGAGUGCGUAGUCACUGCUUAGGUAGAAACCGCCUCACCUGACG